AUGUCGCGUCUUGGAGCAAAGAGUUUGCAAUUUGUACAUUCGCAUGAUGCCCUACAAAGUCACACUGCAGCUAUAUGGGCCCUUGCCGUCACUCCAUCAAGCGACGUUCUCAGUGCAUCAUUAGAUGGCACCCUCGCCCUGCAUGCGUCAGCGACAUCAACACCUCUUGCACAGAGUACACAUGGAGGGGAUACUCAGAUGGACGUCGACGCGACUGCAGCCGUCCAACCAGGGACACGUCUCCGCACCUGGCCCGCACAACCUCUCGCAUGGGUCUCUCUCUCCGUCGCAUCCAAUGGACACCGAGCACUAGUCAACUCUAUCGCUGGAAUGACCAUGCUCGUCGAUUACGCCACGGGCGACAUCCUAGGCACAAAACAGAUUGGAGAGAAGCAGUCUGGUCCGGGUACGACCGAUGGAUACGCAGAGCCAGCAUGGUCUGUUUCCUUGUCCUCGAGUGGAACGACCUAUGCUUCAACGGGCGGAUCGGGCUCUGUGACGAUCCAUUCUGCAAACCCUUCGAAUUCUGCCAAAGAUGGGAUGGAACAGGACGCGUUCGGCACCAGAAUUGCCGAUAUUCCCACUGGAAGAGUGAAAUUUGGUCUCUUUGUCGAUCAUUGCCCGACAGAUGACAAUCGGAUUGCCAUGAGCAGUGAAACUGGACAGGUCUUCAUUGUUGAUGUCGAGAAGCAAGAGGUCUCCGUCUCUUGGGCAACCCAUGCCAUGCCAGUACGUUCGGUAGGAUGGAGUGGAGACGGUAAUCUUAUCAUGUCCGCAUCAGAUGAUAAGAGACUUGUAUUGCACGACUCGCGCACUUCGUCGACCUCCAGUGGAGCCGUCGCCCAUUUGACGGGCCACACACAACCAAUCCUCUCCGUCGCUCUCUCCCCAGGGGAUGGCAGACUUGCGCUCUCCGGAAGUAGAGACGGUACCGUGCGCAUAUGGGACGUCGGCAUGCGUAAAGCCGUCGGCGUCGUGAGAGAAGGACGUCCCAUAUGGGGUGUCGGGUGGCGGCCAGUCGGAAAUACAAACAGCAACAUGGAAGACGGUCUAAAUUCGACGGCGAGCGGAGGCUUUGGGGGCAUUGGAGGAAGCGGUGCAAUGGGAUUCGUGACUGGUGGAGAGGAUGGGAUCGUUCGUUGGUACAGGGGAGCAGGCAUGGUAUAA